AUGUCGGGAACCAAAUCCGACGCACAAACAGAUGUUAUCAAGGAUCCCGACAUCGUGGAAGCCGUUGAGUCGACAAUAGAAGAUUUCGAUCUCGUCCAACUAAACAACAGCGACAGAACAAAAAAGGCUUACAUCGGGCACAAUCUCUCAGAACCAGAUAUGCCGGGCAUACCGAAAGACAUCGCUACACACAAGUUGAAUGUCGACCCGCUCUAUCCACCAGUACGGCAAAUAAGAAGGAAAUUCAAUACCGCAAUCAACGAGGCCGUGCAAAAGCUGACUGGCCGGAUAGACGCCUUGUCGAGAUUCAUCUCACGGUCAUCCGAUAGAUGCCACAAGUUUUUCAAUGAGCUAAUAAAAGACAACGGGCUCCAGUGCAAUUCAGAAUUUAUCGAGGCCCUCAGAGAGCUAAAGACAUACUUGUCCUCGCCCCCACUACUCGCUAAAGCAGAACCAGGCGAGCGCCUCCUAGUAUACCUGCCCGUUUCAGAAGUCGCGAUACCUCGGGCGCAAAACAUCGAAGCAGAUGGCCUUGCCAAACUGGAAGCAGCAACCAGGAAUAUCACCAAGGAGAAUGUGGUCACCCUCCUUCACUCAUCAAUAGACCAACUUGAGAGAACGUUCGGAGGCCCCUUGGCUAAAUGCCUAGGGCCGAAUCAGAAGAGGCGCGUGCUCGAAGAAGUAUACGAAGGCCAUUGCGGUGCUCAUACAGGCAGCAGAGCCCUAAUCAGAGGCCUUAUUCGGGGAGGAUACUACUGGCCCACCAUGAAUAAGGAAGCCGCAGAUUAUGUCAAAAAAGAUGCGAACAAUGCCAGAAAUAUGCACCUAUGA